AUGACAUCAAAACGUAUUUGUGUAUAUUGUGCAUCGAGUGAUAUAUGUGAUAAGAAAUUUUUGGAUGCUGGUCAACAAUUAGGUGAAGCACUUGCUCGAAUGAAUAUAACUGUUGUUUAUGGUGGAGCACAACAAGGUGUUAUGGGUGCUGUAGCUGAUGGAGCACUUAAUGCUCAAGGAAAAGUUAUUGGAUGGAUACCAAAAUUUAUGAAAAAUGAAUUAUUACAUCCUGGUUUAACAGAAGUACAUGAAGUUGAAACAAUACAUAUACGUAAACAUGGUAUGAUGAUGAAUUCUGAUGGUAUUAUUGCAUUACCUGGUGGUACAGGAACAGUUGAAGAAUUAAUGGAAGCUAUAACUUGGAAACGUCUUGAUUUAAUUCAUAUACCAAUAUUUAUUAUUAAUAUCGAUGGAUUUUAUAAUCCAUUAUUAGAAUUAUUUGAAAAUAUGUUUAAUGAACGUUUUAUGAAUCGAGAAUUAGAUAAUCAUUGGAUUGUAGUCAAAUCUAUUGAUGAAAUUAUUGAUAAAUUAAAAUUAUUAUUCAUAUAA